CUGGCCUUGCUGUUUCUCAACUGGUCAAAAAGCCUUUUUCUCUGUUAUGUUAUAAUAAUUAAAACAAAACCCUAAAAAAGUAAAAUGUCCUUAUUUUAAUUUUAAUUUCGCUCUCUGAAACUUGAAUUUCUGAGAAUUUUGGCGUCUGCUUCCCGUUCGAAUGAAGUUUAUCAUAGGUUCUCCACUUCUGUAGGAUUUGCAAGCUCUCUUGUGGAACAAAGGAGGUUAUCUCACCAAUUCUAUUUACCAACUUCCACAUCAUUGGUCUGUAUGAGUCUGGUUGAUGGAGUUAAUUCAGAUGAAUGAUAAUGGCCCCAUGACCAAUGGGUUGGCGGAAUUAAAUCAUUGUAUUCGAGAUGAGCGCAAGGAAAUAAGGGAUGGGGUUGCGGGUGAGGGGCAGGGGCUCUCAGAGGAAGAUGAAUCAGGAAUCAAUGAGGAUUUGGAAGAUGUCAAUGAUGGGUGGGUGGAAGCUGUUCAGGCACAUGCGCAGGCUGUCCUGCAGAGGCCACAGCAACAGCCUCAGGGGCCUCUUGUUUGCUGGGAGAGGUUUCUGCCUCUCAGGUCACUUAAGGUUCUACUUGUGGAAAAUGAUGAUUCAACUCGCUGUGUUGUUUGUGCAUUACUUCGGAAUUGUGGCUAUGAAGUUGUUGCUGUAGAAAAUGGCCUAGAAGCUUGGAAAAUCUUAGAAGAUCUAACCAAUCAAAUUGACCUCAUCUUAACUGAGGUAGUCAUGCCUUGUCUAUCGGGCAUUGGCCUUUUGCACAAGAUUAUGAGCCACAAAACUUGCAAGAAUAUUCCAGUGAUUAUGAUGUCAUCUAAUGAUUCUAUGAGUGUAGUCUUUAAGUGUUUAUCCAAGGGUGCAGUUCACUUUUUAGGGAAGCCUAUUCGAAAGAAUGAGCUCCAGAACUUUUGGCAGCAUGUUUGGAGGAAAUGCCAGAGUUCUAGUGGCAGUGGGACUGAAAGUGGUAUAAUGACUGAAAAAUCAACCAAGUCGAAAAAUGCUGAAGAGUCGGAUAACAACUCUGGCAGCUACGGUGAAAAUGAUAUAGGAAGCAUUGGUUUAAAUAUUCGGGAUGGAAGUGAUAAUGGAAGUGGCAACCAGAGCUCAAGGAUGAAGGGGGCAGCAGAAGUUGAAAGCCUCAAACCCAUGUCACCAGGGGACCAAUUAGCUGAUCCUCUUGAUCGCACUUGUGCCCAGGUUAUUCUUUCAAGGCCUGAAGCAUUUGGCAACAGCUGGGUGCCUACGACCACAACAAGAGAACACGAAAAGCAGGAUGAUGAACAUGACCAUAUUGUGAUGGGCAAAGACCUGGAGCUUGGAGUACCCAGAAUACCAAAUUUGCAGCUUGAGGACCCAACUGGAAAGGAACUGAACAACAUUGCAAGCAUUAACAAAGAAAAAAUUUCUGAAAUGAAUUAUAAGAAGGAUGAUGAGCAACAAAAAAAAAAUCAACUUGAGCUCAACUGUAAGAAACCCAAUGGUGAUUUGAGAAACCAAGUUGCUGAUCAAAUGGGUGUCAUCACUAACAGUAUUGAUUCUACAAUUGAAGAUGUAGUUUUUGACAUCACAAAUGGCCUCUUUAAGGUCUCUGGCAUGAAAGAAAAGGCCAUCUAUGAACAUAACGAAUUACCUGGCCUUGAGCUUAGUUUGAAGAGACGGAGAGAUACAGGAGAUACUGAAACUGGUCUGCAUGAACGAAAUGUUUUAAGACAUUCAGAUGAGCACUCAGCCUUCUCAAGAUAUACUUCUGCUUCAACCGCUAAUCAGGUUCCCACCGGAAAUGUAGGUAGCAAUUCUCUACUUGAUAACAGCUCAGAGGCAGCAAAAACAGAAUCAAUCCAAGUGCAGCACCACCAUCACCUCCACCAUGUCCAUAAUAUGCUCCAACAGCAGCUAGCCAACCAAGAUGAUUCGUUGUUGAAAACCAUGGCAACAGCAGCAGCUCCCCAGUGUGGUUCAUCCAAUGGUUUGAGUGCACCCAUUGAAGGCAAUACUGGUAAUCACAGUUUGAAUGGGAGCACCUCAGGAAGUAACCACGGAAGCAAUGGACAGAAUGGGAGCACCUCGGGAAGUAACCACGGAAGCAAUGGACAGAAUGGGAGCACCUCGGGAAGUAACCACGGAAGCAAUGGACAGAAUGGGAGCACCUCAGGAAGUUACCAUGGAAGCAAUGGACAGAAUGGGAGCAGCCUUGUUGUAAAUGCCAGAGGAAUAAAUGUUGAAAGCGAUAAUGGCUUAGCUGCAGAAAGUGGAGCUUCUGGUGGCAUUGGAUAUGCUAGCAGUAGUGGAGUUGAGAAAAACCGAUUUGCACAAAGAGAGGCUGUUUUGAACAAAUUUCGCCAGAAGAGAAAAAAGAGAUGCUUUGAAAAGAAGGUGCGAUACCAUAGCAGGAAGAAAAUGGCAGAGCAAAGACCGAGGGUUCGAGGACAAUUUGUGAAACAGGUGUUGCUUGAAAACAAGUACAACGAUGCAGAUAGCUAACCUUCCAUUCCCUGAUGAUACGUGUGGAUUUUUGUACUUAAGAUUGGCAGCAAUUGUGGAUAUGGGAGGCUGCAUUUAUUUGCCGUAGUGCAGCAUAUCAACUUAAUUCUAUGUGCAAGGGCUCUAGAAAGACACCUUCAACUGUAUUUUAUUAUAAUUAAAGACUACGAUGGUACUGUGAUGAAC